CUCAGCUCAGUCGUUUCGCUCCAAAUCGAAGUCGUUUCGCUCCCUUGGACGUUUUGUUGGGGUUUGAGAAAAGUACCCGGGAAGCGCCCCCGGGAAAGUACAAGUGGCAAAGUUGUUGUGCUUUAAGGGUUGUCAAAUCUACAAAGAAGGAAUCGUUUGGUAAACUGCUGUGUGAUCUUUGGCAGGUAAAUUAUGAUGGAAUUCCAGCCAGUAGUUAUGGCUGGUGGGAGGGGUUCCCGAAUGACAGAUCUAACAGCCAAGAUUCCAAAGGCCAUUCUCCCGGUCGGUAAUAUGCCCAUGGUGUGGUAUCCAGUCAAUAUGUUAGAAAGAGCAGGAUUCGAAGAGAUGAUAAUUGUGGUGCUGAAAUCUCAGCGUAAACAGAUUGAGAGGGCCCUUGUGGAACAGUGCCAAAUUAAGGCUAAGUUGGACUUUGUUGGAAUACCUGAUGAUGAUGAUUGGGGGACUGCAGACUCACUUCGGCAUAUCAAAGAUAAAAUUAAGUGUGACCUGUUGGUUGUAAGUUGUGAUCUGAUUGGAGACUUCUCUCUCAACACGCUAGCAGAUGUUCACAGAGCUCACGGGGCCACAGUUACAGCACUCUUUAUGUCCGGCCAAGACAGUAUAGCUGACAUGGCUGCUCCUGGCCCAAAGUCAAAGAAAAAAGUCGAACUCGACUUUGUUGGACUCGAUAACAGUAGUAGCAGAUUAGUAUUUCUAUCAUCCGAGGCAGAUUUUGAAGAAACCAUAUCUUUUAGAAAAUCUCUGUUUAAAAGACAUCCAUGUAUAAACAUAAAGACAAGACUGACAGAUGCUCAUUUGUAUUUGAUGAAACAGUCAGUGCUAGAUGUGCUAGAAGAACAGAGAUCUAUUUCAGCAAUUAAAGGAGAGCUCAUCCCAUACUUGGUAAAGAAACAGUUUAAACGGAUGCAAGAGGAGCCUGCUGAUGCUGAUGCAACCGUGACGUCGAACUCCAGUAGCUCUCGGAAAGCUGAUGUCUCGACUCUGGCUGAUGAGGGCAACUUUGAGCAACUCGCCCGAGAUAUGUCCUCCUGGAAUGACCACAGUGGAGACAUGAGUGACUGUUAUCACGGUGACAAGAUUCGGUGCUAUGCUUGCAUUAUGGAGGGAAAAUUCUGCCUGAGGAUGAAUACAUUAGCUACGUAUUCUGAAGCGAAUAGGCAGAUUGGUAAACAUCUUGGCAAAUUACAGUCCGACAAAGAAAUUCCCUCUGUUCAUCCUACUGCUACUGUGCAAUCGAGAUCUCAGGUUGGAAGUGAGUGCCUUAUAGGUGAGAAUGUGACUGUAGCAGAGAAGGCCACUGUGAAGAAGUCAAAUAUUGCCCGGUAUUCGUCCAUUGGGGAGAAAGUCAAGAUUACCAAUUCUGUUGUCAUGGACCAUGUUACCAUAGCUGAAGGGUGUAGCAUCCAAGGAAGCAUUAUAUGUGACCAUGUCCACAUUGACGAGAAAGGAGAAAUCAAGGACUGUAUAGUGGGGAGUGGACAGAAAAUAAGUGCCAUGGGUAAAUUCACGAAUGAAGUUCUUGCUGAUCGUGAUCGUAUGAUGGAAAUUUGACGGGAUUCAAACAUGUGUUUUAAAAGUGACAUUAUCUGUGGACCUCUUCAACUGCAAGAUUAAUUCAUUGACUCCUGGCUUCUAUAUGUAUGGCUGGACACUAUGGACACUAGAUCGGUUGAAUCUAUACUGAUGUUUAAUGGUCAGGGUCAUGGAACCAACCCAUACCAACUUGUCCAGGAGCAAGCAUUUUGAUGUAUCUGCUGUUGAAUUGCAUAACCAUAAGAUGAAGAA